AUGAAUCAAAGCAGCAAUGGAUGUGUGAAAAAGGUUAGCAGUGUGAAUCUUGACAAACUUAUAAGUGACUUCUCACAGAUAGAAAAGAAAAUGGUAGAAACUGCUGGAAGGAACAACAUACUGAAUAUGCAGUUGGAAAAAGCUAACUGUUUAUUAAAAGGAAUGCAAACAAAUGAGACCUCACUUAAAGAAGAAUGUGCUACUCUUCAUAAUAUGGUAAAAGGGCUACAACAGACCAUCGAAUAUCAACAUAAUUUGAAAGGUAAAAAUGAACAACUGAAAAGAGAUGCUGAUCUUAUGAAAGAAAAGUUAAAAUCUCAUGAACAGGAAUAUAAGAAUAGCAUUGCCAAACUUAUAAGUGAAAUGAAAAUCAAAGAGGAAGGACAUAAGACAGAAUUAAAGAAACUUUAUCAGGAUAUGCAGAAAAAAGUCGAAUUAAAUGAAGAAAAGAAUAAAGAACUGGUAAAGAAAAUGGAGAUGGAAAUUUCAGAGUUAAAUGCAAAGUUAAGAAUUCAAGAGAAGGAAAAACAAACUGAAAUAAUCAAACUACAGCUAGAGUUUGAUGGCAAACUAGCAAGAGUUCAAUCUAAGCCAAAAUCAUAUCAAGAUUCUACUGUUUUGCCACAGAGUAUCUACAGAAGGAAGCUUCAGCAUCUUCAAGAGGAAAAGAACAAAGAGAUCGCGGCUCUCCGUGACACCGUUCGAGACCUCGAGCAGCGCCUCUCCGCUGGCAAGGAGCCUCAUCUGAAACGCAGACGGUUCUAA